AUGUCGAGUGCUUCUGGUACGGACCGGAGCGCCAUUUGCCGUUUGCCUCUCCAGGCUCUCGAGGAAAUAUGUCGUGAACUCCUCGUUCCUCCAGAGCAGUUUCUAGCAAAGCACGUCGGAUGCGGCACAGUAGCUGUGCUUGCGUCAACUGCUCGGCUCUUUCAUGAGCCCGCCCUCAACGCUCUCUGGCACACAAUCCCUGACAUAGCUGUCCUCUUUCACACCCUCCCCGAGGACGCCUACAAGAAGAGACAUCCAAAAGAGAAAAAUCGUUGGCCCAAAGGCUAUCUGCAGUUCAGCUUCAAUGGCAUCCCGGAAGCAUCCCAAUUCGAGCGGUUCCUCUCUUAUGCUCGACGUGUCCGGCGCAUCGACGGCAGCGGCACCCUCCCGACGCGUGUCGCGAAUCACAGUGCUUUACCGUCAGCAUACGACACUCUAGCGAAACUACUAGGCUCGCGCGUGCCCCUACCGAGCCUAGAGGAGAUUCAUUACAACUGCCGACGGACGGCUUCGCCGAUGCAGCUCCUCUGUUUUUUGCCUGUUCUCUUCAGCCCGCGGCUACGGGUCCUGCGCAUAUACGACCAUGAUCCCUGGACCGUGAAUACUCAUGUUGUACCCACCCCGACGACCAAAGACCAGAAUGGCUUUGCUUUCAUGUGGAACAAGUUGAAGAACACCGCCCCGUACCUGCAAAAGCUGUCCAUUUGCGGCGAGCCCUUUGGAAGCAGCAGCACAAUGACAGCAGCGGUCUCGUCCGCAUUAUCUGGACUGGAGCACCUCGUAUCGCUUAUCCUGAGGAACAAGGCGUGUGCGCUCACCCCAGCCGCACUUGCAAGUCUCGGGCGGUUCCCGCAUUUGCGCUCCCUGCGCUUCGACGUAGGUGCGUCGUUUCGCACUCUCGAACUCGCUUCGCUCGUGGCCACAGGCGAUGCGGCGGUGGCGACCUUUCCCGCCCUCCGCGAGCUGGAAAUCACCGCCUCCACGCUUGCGCAGCCCACAGAGCUCCUACGCUUCUUCGAGUCGCCCCACCUCCAAGAGCUGACCGUCACCGCCACCUCGCAUGUAUCGCGGUGCGACAUCCGCCCGCUCUUCUUUGCGAUCACCCGCAUGCGCGCCCGGGAGCACCUGCGAGAACUCAAUGUGUGGGCGGAGAAGAUCUGCCCCACUGCGCCGCCGAUGAACCAUGUCCGGAGACUGCCUUCUGCCAUGGACAAGGAGACACUCGCCCCGCUCCUGCUCCUAUCUGGAUUGGAGAACCUCUCCCUCCAGCUCUCCUGUAGGUUCGACAUUGAUGACGAGUUCCUCGACCUGCUCGCUGGGAGCUGGCCGAAGCUUGCAACUCUUGUCUUUCGUCCGACCGGCCCGAUGAACUGGGGAUUGCACGAAACACCCGAGCCCACGUAUGGAGUCACAUCCGGCGGGCCUACCGCCAAAGAGCCUGCACUGGUCAUGCUGGAUGGCGAUCCCGCCCGGUCGUGGCCCAAGCCCCGCGCGACACUCUUCGGCCUACUCGCAUUCGCGCAACACUGCCCCCGCAUGCGCGGCCUCACGAUAGAAAUCGACGCGGAUCUCUCGCGCGUCCCGCCAUCGCGCCUCGAAGUCUGCUCCAGGCGAGGUGCGCCGCACGGCGCGUUCAAUUGGCUAUACGUGGGGUUCUCGCCUAUCGAGGACCCGUACGCCGUCGCCGCAUUCCUGUCGGAUUCGUUUCCCGGAAUUGAAGACAUGGAGGACGAGUGGCGUCAGCCGCCCGUGAGCGAGUACGAGGGCGAGGCACGGAGGUUUCGCGAGGGAUGGGAAGCCGUAUAUGACCUCAUACCGAAAUUUUCGGCGGUGCGUUUACAGGAACGUAAAUGGAAGCAGACUCGGGCGGCCGCUUCGAAAGCUUAG